UAGCACAGAGGGCGGGGCUGGGAGUCUGGACUCCUGGCUUCUAUUCUGCAGCACAUCUCAUUGUAUUCUGUGAUGGCCUGGUUCAGUGUUUGCAGCAGAAGGCCCCCUUCUUUGAUCCAGCAGCUCAGCUCCUUUAACGAGGAAACUCAGUCCCUGGCUGUUAGGGUUCUGAAUGAAACGCUUGGAAUAUAAACUGUGGCCUAGCCACAGCAGUGACAGCUGCCUGCGUCUGCAGAGAGUCUGAGACCAUCGCUCCGUGAGGGCUGAAAAGUGUCCAUUCAUCUCGGGGGGAGUCUGUUGAUUGUGAAAUCUAAUGGUGCCAAUUUAAACACUGUGGGUAAAAUUUUGCUGCUAGUCUUCUUAGCCCCAAAGUCCAGGCCCUGCAUUGAUCCCGAUAUCCCAGAGCAGGACCUAACUCUCUGACUGUCUCCAUCUUAUUCAGCCCUGUGUCUGUCUGGGGCUGCGCGCCCCUGUCUGUUCUGGGGCCGGAGCCACUAGAUGGCUCUGGCUUUGGGAGGCAAAGCUCCUGUUUCUCUCUCUCUCACCUCUUCAGCACUUCCUGGUUGUGCAGCUCCUGUCCUAGUCCCCAGUCCCCAUUGUGCCUCCCCUUCUCCCUCGGCACUGCGCCCUGGGGCUAUGGGGGCCCGGGAGCCAGGUCUGAGCAUCCCUGGUGCCAGGCAGAGCGCAUCAGCCAGCAGGUGCAGGGAAGCAGGACUCCUGGGUUCUGGCUCUGGUAGGUUAGAGUUGGGGGUAGCAGCUGGGGUCAGUGCUUGCCUUCGGCAGCACCUCAUAGUGGUUGUGCCUCUCUCUGCUCUACUGAGGUUUACCUAGUCACUCUCUGGGGUGCUCAGUGACUGUGAGAAACAUGCUCAUCUGGUGUGUGGACUGGUUCCCAGGAGCCCGUGCAGAUCUCACUCCUUGCUGUACAUGUGGCCUGGAGCCCUAAACAACAGGUCAUCCCUGAAGCUGGGAGGAGCCCUUUCUGUUUGCUGCCUAGUCACUAGAGCUGGCUGCAAUUUAGGGGGCUGUUUUUCAUGGAAAUUUUGGAAAGAAGAGAAAUCGGUUUUGUGUGUCCCCCCCCCGCCGCCCUUCCCUGUUGGCAAAAUAAUUCAAGACGAGUUUUUUUUCUCAGAAUUUUAAGUAGUUGACCAAUUUCAGCUCCUGGAGAAAAUCUCCCGCUUGCCCUGCUCUUCCUCACAGGGGCAGGAUUCCUGAUUCCCAUGGAAGCACCCCGCGUCCCGGAUCUCCAGGGCUCUGAGGACACGGAUGGCCCACAAGGUGUCCAUAGAGGUGCUGAGAUGCUGCACAGGGACGAGGAGGGGAGUCUGUGGCAGGAUAAAGCACUGUCGGGCGAGGCGUCCGAGGGCCAGCCUGGGGCCAAGGUUCAGCUGAAUGGAGCACAGGAUGCAGGGACUGUGGAGCGGAAGACAUGCCCUGAGUGCGGGAAGAGGUUUGUCUGGAGCUCGCACCUUGUGCAGCACCGGCGCAUGCACACCGGGGAGCGGCCGUUCCAGUGUGGUGAGUGCGGCAAGAGCUUCAGCCGCAGCUCCAACCUAGUGAAGCACCAGGGCACCCACACUGGCGAACGCCCCUACCGCUGCCCAGACUGUGGCCGCGGUUUCACUGACUCCUCCAACCUGGCCGCUCACCUACGUGGCCAUGCUGGCCACAAGCCCCACCGCUGCCCCCAGUGCGGGAAAGGCUUUGCCCGGCGCUCCCACAUUGCCACGCACAGGCGCACCCACACCGGCGAGCGCCCCUUCCCCUGCCCCGACUGUGGCAAGGCCUUAGCCCAGCACUCCGACCUGGUGGCCCACCGCCGCACCCACACCGGGGAGCGCCCCUACCAGUGCACUGUGUGCGGCAAGUGCUUUGGCAUGAGCUCCACCCUGACGGUGCACUGGCGCACCCACACCGGUGAGAAACCCUACCGCUGCCACCAAUGCGGCAAAGGCUUCACCCAGAACUCGGGCUUCCUCAUCCACCAGCGGCUGCACACCGGAGACAAGCCCUACAAGUGCGGACAGUGCGGCAAGGCCUUCAGCGUCAGCUCCGAUCUCCUCGCCCACCAGAGGGGCCAUGACGCUGGGGUUGCGGCCCACAAGUGCCCUGACUGCGGAGCUGGCUUCGGUGCCAGCGCCGAACUCCUGAACCACCAGAGCAGCGCCCACGGGGAGAAGAUGCCACACCAGUGCGCAGCUUGAGGGAAAGCCUUCCGGUGCCGCGCUGCCCUUGGCAGGCACCAGCGGACUCACAGCCAGCAGAGAUCGCACAGCUGCUGCCAGUGUGGGAAAAACUUCCUGCACAGUUCGUCCCUCAGCGCCCACCUGAGGACCCACACUGGGGAGAAGCCUUUCAAAUGCACCCAGUGCGGGAAGGACUUCCGCCAGAGUUCGGCCCUGAUCAGACACCAGAGGACUCACACGGGCUAGGGCCAGCCAUGGCUAAUCCUUGGGGGGGCGGGGGCCGGCUUGAAGAUCAAGAGGAGCAGAGCACAGGGGUAAGAUUGGGGUGGCCACUGGGAAGCUGGGGAUGGGCUCUGGGGGAGGGACCUAGCACCUAGAUGGAGAG